AUGCUUCGGCGCACGCUCACAAUCCACUCAGCCCACCUUAUCAUUCCCAAGUCCGCAAUGUCAACAAUCUCAGACAAUCAAAAAACAACAAGCAAAACCCCCGCACCAACCAUAAAGAGUAGCGUAGGACCAUCUCUACGCACAUUCACCGAGGCAGCCUCAACCCCAGAGACACACUCCCGUAUCCUUCCGGCAAUAAAACACGACCACCAAGAACUCGAAUCCCACAGCCACAAAAUCCUCAACUCAACAAAUCCAGAUGAACAAACCCGUUUCCAAAACCAGCUGGUCUGGGAACUAGCUCGACACAUGGUUGGCGAAGAACUAGUCGUCUACCCAGCCCUCAUCGACUCCCUUAAAGACGGACAGCAAACAGUCGAUAGGAAUAGAUUGGAGCAUCAGGGCGUCAAGACGCAGCUCAAAAUGUUUCAAGGCCUGUCAUCUACCGAUCCACAGUUUGUGCCUACACUUAAGGUUCUUCUGGGUGAUUUUGAGACUCAUGCUAGGGAUGAGGAGGAUGUGGUUUUACCUAUGCUUGAGGAUGUUUUAUCUAAAGACGAGAGUGUGGCGUUGACGAAGUCUCUGGAUCGAACUAAGACCUUCGUUCCUUCCAGGUCACAUCCCCUUGUGCCUAAUAAGCCACCUUUUGAGACUGCUGCUGAAUUGCUCGCUGCACCUAUUGAUAUUUUAACCGAUUGGUUUCGGAAGUGGCCUGCCGAGAAAAACAAAGCGUAG